AUGAUUCAUUUUACGCGGAAGUUGAUUGCACGCCAUGGCUAUGAAAUUACGCAACAAACCACUAGAAGAGCUUGUACUUCAACGAUACACCCUUUAUUCAGUAGAAGAACGUGGUUCAUUUAUACGUAUCAAAUGAUCGUUUAUUGGAUGGGAAUUUACGAGCCUCUUGUGGAGCCAUGUAAAAUGAGAUUAGAGAUUCAGAGUACCAGUUCCAUGGAACUAAAAGUAAAAGAUUGGUCUGGUCUUUUUGUGGAAGUAAUUUCAACAUAAAAAUUAUGUUCCAAAAGUCAGCACCUGGAAACUUCAAACAGUUUCGACCGUUCAAGAACAGAAGCACUCUCGCUAUAAACUCGAAGAUCACAUUCAUCGUGUUUCUAAAAAAGAAAAUAUAAAAAAUAUCGAAUUUGUCGACUCUCUUCUAGGAACGCUCUAUCAUCUCUUUCGCUCAAUGUAAUCGCUCUAAAUGAAGGCUGACGUAUGUGUCGUUCUCCUUGCUCGGAGAAGAUUGUUUUUUCACACUGUUCUCGCAUGCUAUAUUAAAGUUAUUCGAACAUGUUUCAAAAAUCAUUUUAAAAUGAGAAAAAGAAAACAUGUUUGGGUCGCAUGUUCCUCUAACGACAAUAUAAACGUACGAAUAUACUCUAGAUGAAAAUCAGGUAACAAGAUAUACAAUGGUGCACACACACAUAGGUGAACUGUACCGACGACAGAAUACUGUAUUCAACUUCGAACACGUUUUAACAUUGCUUUAAAUGGAACACGAUGACAUCUCUCCUACGAUAAUUUGCGAUUAUGCCUCGGUGCAUUGUGAACGAACACACCAACACAUAUACAGUGGUUACAAAAAGUAUCUGUAUAUACCUAUAUAUAUCUUUUUAAUAAAGCGCUUUUUUUAGCGGGACCUAUAUUUUUACAGUAUCGACUUUUUGUAAUCACAUAAAAGUACUAUUAAAUGAGACGAAACGGAGUACGCUUGAAUCUAAUUAACUAAUAUAUAAAUGCUAUAAUAACUAUGUACUAAUGCUUUUUAUAACCACUGUGCAGUGAAUGUAACACGUAUCAGAAAAAUAAUUCUUUGACAUGAAAAUCGUGUUCCAAGCAUCCUAUGGAUUAACGACGUAAUACAAAAGUACACAAAAUACAUUUGUUCACGCCACGCGUGUUUUCUUCUUGGAAAAAAGUCAAAACGUAAGCAACUAAGCUAUACUUUGCUUCCUGUUCUAACUUCUUUCCCUCUUUUGUUUAACGUUGGAACACGAUCCAGUAAGCUUACUCCAGGUUAAAGAAUGAUCGUGACGAUUUGUGUAGAAGCUCGGCUUAAGAGUAAAAAUCUUUUUUAACCGCGUUA